GACAACCCUCUACACAACAACAACGGUCAGGAGCAAAAGUGAAGAAAGCAGUGACAACAUACAAACUACUGCCACAGACCAAGGUAGUGGAGGAGUGGAAGUCUCCAUGUUACAUUGGUUCUAUAUGUUCCACCACUGAUGGUCAGGUGUGGACCAAAUGUAAUGAAACAUUAACUCUCCUUGACAGGAAGGGUAAAGUAAUACAGACGGUCAAUCACAAUGUCUGUAUCUAUGACAUCAGUCUGUCACCCACCACACAAACACUGUGGGUCUGUGAUAAUAACAACAACAUCAUGGAGCUGGUAUCAGGACGACUGACUCACAGAUUCAGUACCAAGGAGGUACCCAGGUGUAUAUGUGUUACAGCCAGUAACCAUGUCAUUGUAGGGAUGAUCAAACACAUCUCCAAAUUUACCACAGAUGGUACAAUGGUGUGUACUACAAUGGCUAUAGGGACUGGGAAACCAUUAGUGUGUACACCACACAAGAUCACAGAGUGUCCUGUCACUCACAAUGUGGCAGUCACUGAUUUCAGUCAUGAAAGUGAUGGUGGUGAUGGAAAGGGACGUGUUGUUGUGAUGGACACUGAUUUCAAGGAGCUGUUUGUAUAUAGAGGUGACAUCCCCAGUACAUAUAAACCAACACCACAAACAGGAGGUAGACCAUUUUACCCCAGUGGUGUGGUGUAUGACAGUGUGGGGAACCUGAUCAUAGGGGACUGUGACAACUACAGGGUCCUACUCAUCAGUGGAGGUAGCGAGUUCCUCAGGGUCAUACACACAGACACAAACUGUACACGGGCUGUAGGUAUAGACAGGGAGGAUGUCCUGUGGGUAGUGUUUGGGGCAUUGUGUAGGGAAGUCAAACUACUACAGAACAGCAGUAUGUGA